AUGGAAGCGUGCAAAACGGACAUCGUAGGCAAUGACGCACCACGAGUCGCGAGCGACGAAGUACUACGCGAAUUAGAACAUAUGCGCCGAGAGCUCAAGCAACUUCGUAGGAAAGCCCACCCAACAUCACGACAUUCCGGACAAGCUGAAAUGUCAUCGUAUACAUUUCUUUGGCGCAAGAUAGACAAAAACCUUGAAAGUUUCUUGGAAGUAGAGGCAAUUAAAAAAUCUGAAAAUCUAAAGCCUGGACAAAAAAUUGAAAAUUCAUCUACUUCACAAGUUUUGGACGAUGAAUUAAAAAAUCUGGAUGAUUUAAAAAAAAUUGAGCGUAAACUAAAAAAGGAUGACAAUUUUCAUUUCAAAGUCGAUGCUUUGCAUGUAGGAAUUAUAGGAGAAUCACUUCAAAAACAAGUGAAUUCCGUACUUCGAAUGGUUUUAGAUGAUAAACUGGCAAAUCUUUUUAAUUGGAAAGGGCAACGAGGAAAUAAACUAAAGUUAUCGAAACGCCGAAUAUCGAGAGUAAUAAUCAAAGCAAUUGCUAAAGAAAUUCCAACGAUAAAUGAUACGAUAUUUGAUAGGAAAGCAGGACCAUGGUUAGCUCAAGCCAGCUUUCGUUUAAAAAACAUCAAGACAGGCAUCAAGAUGACAUGAACAAUAAUAAACUUACUGAUGUCAGCACUACAAGUGAAGAUGAGACGAAAACUGACAAUAACGAAGAAAACGGAUAUGACGAAGAUAAUGAAUUAAGUAUCUUCAAGACAAUAAAAAAGAUAUAUAAUGAAGACGAGUAACAAUGAGUUACGAUUAUAACGAUAGGUGAUAUUGCAUGUGAUCAAAGAUAAGUC